AUGACCCCGGUGCGGCGGCUGGUGGGCCGCAGUUGUGCGGCCAUAGCUGGCUGGGGCUGUGUUCUGCUGCAGUGUAAGGGCCCUUGGCAGCUGGUCUCCCCGCUUCCCGUCUCAAUCAUUUCAAGCACGGUCAGCAAGCAUGCCAGAUUUGGCAGAGCCACGAGAAUGCGGUUAAGGGAGACAGGAGCACAGCCCUCCACGAACCCCUGCUUGCGGCGCAUGAGCCUUCCCCCGGAGGCCGCCGCCCCUCUCCCAACCACCGUAGCAGCACUGCACCUCACGACCCAGAACUUCGCUGCCGCCGCUGCCACUGCAGCCGCCGGGCCCUUGACCGCCGUCAUUCAUGAAAGCGCGACCCUCCUGCCCCGCCACCACCGUAACCACACCCUCCCACUGCCUCCGAAACCACCGGCAGCCCCAGCCGCAGGGCAGAAGAAAAACCAGCAUGGAAGGAAUGUACUGCAAAGCAAAUGCUUCGAAUCGUCCGUCCCGGAAGAUCCUAGCAAGUAUACCAGCACGAUGCUUACACCCCGCGCAAAUGCAUACCUGGCGCAAGCUUCCAAGCGCAACCGCCAUGUCCUUCGGUGGCAGAUGUGCCAAGAGCGGCAGCAGCCCGGUCCAGGCCAGGCUGCGCAACCCCGGAACUUGACCCAGCGCUCUGCACGCCACCAUCACCACCUCCCGCACACUAUGACAGCCAGACGAGGAAGAAUACGAUGCCGGCGCCGUCGGUCGCAGCGCGGCUG